GCGGUUGGGGUCCCACAUAAGCACCGGCACCGGCACCGGAGACUAGACGGGGUGCAGUCCGUAUGACAAGGCAAGGCCAACUGGGGAGUCCUUUGCGAAGCCGGCCGCUUCCCAGUUCCCACACCUCCCCCGCUCUCUCUCCUGCAUUCUUAAACCCCCUCAGAUGGACACAUAAAAUCAUACGCUACUGCUACUGUAACUCACUCUACCAUAUGAUAUGAGUGCCAGCUCCGCCAUCAACCCAACACACGAUUCAUCAAUUUGUCUUACUAACUUCGGGACUGUGAGAUAUAGCACCAAGGUUUUUAUCCUUUCCCUUAUUUUGUUUCUUGAGAGAUGGCUGCCACUCCUGUGUAUUUCAACGGCGGUCUAGCUGUUAAGGGAUUAACGACUGGUUGGGCUGGGAAUUCUGGUUCCGGGUGCCAACCGCCACCGCUGCCGCCGUCGCAGUUGUCAUGGCGCCGUCGAUCGGCCAACACGUCCGCAAAUCUUCUUCGCCUGUACCCUUUAUCCGCCAAUCAACCCAACAAGCGAUUUUUAAGUUAUUCGCACACCAGGAAUAAGUGCUUUAUCUCAGGGCCCAACCAUCCAUUGAGUUCCGAUUACGGAGUGCAGUCUUUUAACGGGGAAACGUCGGAUUCUAUUAUUCUCCACCAACACCCUGCUAUCUCAACUUGUAAUGGAGGCCUUCAGAUUCAUAAAAUUGAGAAUGAGUUGGAAACUAUUUCCUUGAGUCCAUCUCAAAUACCAGACAUCAGGCGUGAGCUUGUAAUGCUGUCUUUGCCUGCCAUUGCGGGUCAGGCAAUUGAGCCUUUGGUGCAGUUGAUGGAGACAGCUUAUAUUGGCCGCCUAGGCUCUUUGGAGUUGGCUUCUGCUGGUGUCUCCAUAACAAUAUUUAACACCAUUUCAAAGUUAUUCAAUAUUCCUCUGCUGAGUGUUGCUACUUCUUUUGUGGCUGAGGACAUCUCAAAGAACAUAAGCCAAGUUUCUGCAACAGAAAUGGGAGACAGCACCAAUGGGAAACCAUUUGAUGCCCAAGUGGGAAGGCAGCAGCUAUCCUCUGUAUCUACAGCUUUAGUUCUAGCAAUUGGCAUUGGCAUAUUUGAAGCCUUAGCAUUGUCAUUUGGAUCCGGAUUUCUUCUCAAUUUGAUGGGCAUAUCACAUGGUUCUCCUAUGCGUGCCGCAGCAGAACAGUUUCUUGCUCUGAGAGCACUUGGUGCUCCUGCUUUUGUUGUUUCUUUGGCUCUCCAAGGCAUUUUCCGUGGUUUUAAGGAUACAAAGACUCCAGUAUUUUGUCUAGGUUUUGGUAAUUUUACAGCUAUACUUUUGUUUCCAUUACUUAUGUAUCAUUUUGGACUGGGUGUAUCUGGAGCUGCAAUCUCUACAGUCAUAUCGCAAUACAUCGUGACCUUUGCAAUGAUCUUAUUUUUGAAUAAGAGGGUUGUACUACUGCCCCCAAAGUUUGGAGAGUUGCAGUUUGGGGUUUAUCUGAAAUCUGGUGGCUUUCUAAUUGGGCGAACCCUUGCUGUCCUUCUGACAAUGACACUUGCCACGUCAAUGGCUGCUCGCCAAGGUCCUGUAGCAAUGGCUGCUCAUCAGAUAUGCUUCCAAGUAUGGUUGGCUGUAUCUUUGCUCACAGAUGCUUUGGCAGCAUCAUCUCAGGUCUUGAUUGCCAGUUAUUUAUCAAGAGAUGAUUAUGGAACUGUCAGGGAACUUACACAAUUUGUAUUGAAGAUUGGGAUAUUCACGGGAGUUUCUUUAGCUGUGGUUCUGGGUGUUUCAUUUAAUUCGCUGUCCACUUUCUUUACAAAGGACACUGAAGUAUUAAAAAUCAUUGCAACUGGUGUACUGUUUGUCAGUGCUAGUCAACCUAUAAAUGCUUUGGCAUUUAUUUUUGAUGGCCUUCAUUAUGGUGCUUCAGACUUCCCUUAUGCUGCUCGUUCUAUGAUGCUGGUUGGGGCCAUAUCUUCUGCAUUUUUGCUAUAUGCUCCAGCAAAGUUUGGUCUCCCUGGUGUCUGGUCAGGCUUGAUUCUCUUCAUGGCAUUGCGAAUGAUGGCUGGAUUUAUCAGAAUAAUGUCAAAAGACAGUCCAUGGUGGUUUCUGCAUGGUGACUUUAAUAGAGCCAAGCUUACUGGGUGAGAAGUCUGGAUGGAAGUGAUUGGGACUACAGUGGACAUACACAUACAUUGGAUGCAAGUGAUUUUGGGACAGCAUUGAACAUACAUACAUUGCUGCUGUGGUUACCUUGGCUGGUCUUGUCAUCCGGAAAGCGAAGAAGUUAUUGUAAGACGAGAUCCAGGGAGCUCUUCUUUGUGGUAUUUUUCUUUUGGGGGGAGGGCGGAGUUUAGGGAGAAAAAGUGGUUUUGAGGUUUAUGAUUGAAACUGUAGAGUGAUAGACAGAGCAGCUACUGAUUUAGCAAUAAUUGUUGCUUCAUCAACUUUAGUAUUAUCGUUUUGCUCCUUCAACGCAACUCCCAGGCACAAAAACCACUGGAGAAUAA